UGUGAUUAUAUUUGUUCGAUUGGACUACAAUAAUUAUUUUAUUAAACUUCCACGUUAACAAAAAUAUACAGCAAUGGUUUGUGGGGGAUUUGCUUGUUCUAGAAAUUCCCUAGCCGCUCUUAAUGUUUUAUACAUACUCGUGUCGUUUAUCCUGAUUGGCGUGGCAGCGUAUGGCCGACUGUCGGCCAUUGUGACAAGCUUGACAUUGGUCGGCAGUCUGAUAGCAUGCGGUGUCUUCCUCUUCUUCAUUGCACUGACCGGAUUGAUCGGAGCUCUGAAACAUCACCAAGUUUUACUUUUCUUUUACAUGAUCAUUCUGUUCCUCCUGUUCCUGCUGCAGUUCUCUCUCGCGUGCGCGUGUCUGGCGUUCAACUCGGAACAGCAGCAGGACCUGGUGGAGAGGGGCUGGAACCUGUCGAGCGAUGCGACCAAGAACGACGUUCAGAACCAGUUCCAGUGCUGCGGCUUCAGGGAUCAGGACCUGCUCAAUGGUUCGCUAGGUCACCCACCUUGUGUGAAGGUAAACCUUGGUUGUUGCCAUGAUUCCGAUGCCAUUUGCUGUUCGGGAAACUCGAACGGCACCAAGACCUGCCCUUGUGAUAAAUGUUCGGAGAAACUGCAGAUGCAGAUACACGCAGCUUUCAAAGUUACUGGUGGAGUGGGCCUGUUCUUCAGUUUUACCGAGAUUUUUGGUGUGUGGAUAACCGUGCGUUAUCGUAACCAAAAGGAUCCUCGGGCUAACCCAAGAUCAUUUCUAUAAUUCAUGUGUGUGUGCUAGUUGCCAAGAUCAUUGGAGUAUGGCUUGCCAUGCGGUACCGGAACCAAAAGGACCCCAGAGCCAAUCCUAGCGCAUUUUUAUAACGGUCUCUUCCUUUUAACAACAACAAUUUCUGUCUCUUAUGUUCAUUAUUACAUUCCUUUUAUGUGACAUGUACCAGUACUUUUACUCGCAGGGGACACAACUCUGGCUUCUUCUUUUGGAGUACGGUUUUAUUUUAUAAAAUGGCCAAUAUUUUUACUUUUACUUUUUUUCUUUUUUUUUUAAAUAUUUAUAAGAAACUUCACUGCAUUCAGUGACGCAGAGCAGUGUUAACAUUUGGCUAAUUAUUUUACUACUUCUUCAUACCGUCUUUUCGGUUUAACAUGAAGACGGUGUCAGAAUUACCAAAUGUAGAUUAAAGUUCCUGAGUAUUAUUAUUAAUUUUGUAUUUUUUGUCUGAUAUCAUUAAAAAUAUUUAAAUUAUUCUUUAUGCAUCAGUGCCAAAUGUAAGAUAGAGAGAGAACAGGGAUUGAUCCAGGCGUUCUGUGGGUCCGAAUGUAGGCCCUUUUAAAAACAAAAGUGGCAUUGAAAAUUACAAAUGUUUACAUAUUAAAAAUUACAAAUGUAUAUAUGUAUGUAUGUAUGUAUGUAUUUAUGUAUAUAUACAUACAUACAUACACACACACACACACACACAUAUAUAUAUAAUUAUGUCUGUUGUGAUAAAUUAAUGUAAAAGUGGUGUACUGCAUCAUUCAGUGACAUAAAAAAAAGUAUACCAAGUAUGAUUUACUCACACUAAUUUUCCAAAUUACAACAGAUAAUGGGACCCUGUUGAAAAAAAUGCCUGGUAAAUCCCUGGAUAACUCUUCCAUUUCUAGUUUCCCAGAGUUGUGUCCCUUCUUCCAGCUUCAUGGAUUUAAUGUGUGAUAAUUAAUAUUAGGUUGCAUUGUUUUGUUUUGUUCCGAAUACAUUUUGUAUAUAGAUUGUAUUAUCAGUGUUACAUGGACCUGUAUUUUUGUUGCUGAUGUUUGUGUUAAGAUGUCAUAAUUAAAAAAGACCCAUUAGCUUUACAGUGAUGAGAUCUAUUGUUCAAGUCGAUUUUUUUUUCUUUCACAGUUGUAAAACUUGCUUGUAUUUGUUGCUAGUUAAACUCAUAAGUUAAAAAUGUUUCUAAUAUUGUACAAAUAACAUUUAUUAUCAAGUUGUAUUAACAAACAGGUGUGAUUUUUAAAACAAUUGUACAAAUACGAUUUAUUAUCAAAUUGUAUUGACAAAACAAAGGUCAUUUCCAGUUUUAAUUAUUAGAAUUAACUUUAUAUCUGUAAAUUAGGCCAACAAAGUAGAAGAUGAAAACAUGAAAAUGUACAAAAUUGUUUUUCUUUGGAACAUGGAUAUUGAAUGGAGCAGGCUUCAUAAGGGUUUGGGCUUUUUUUCUGUUGGUGAAACAGAAAAAUUAAUUUUGACCCUACCCUUUAACUGAAGUCCAGUAUCCAUCUUUAAAUAUCAGAUUCAAUUAAGGGGUCAUCCAUUUAGUACGUACGCACAAUUUUCCGAUUUUUUGCACCCCCUCUCCCCCCCCCCCCCCGUACGCAUGCGUACGCCAGUGCCCAUACCCCCCCUUGCGUACAUACGCAAAAAAUCGUCAGUCAGUACCAGUAAAUGUAGACAAUGCCACCGUCGAUGUCAUCAUGGUAUACUAUAAUUAAUGAAUACUGCUCAUUGUACAAAUGUAUUAAACAACGCUUGACGACGAAUAAAAUGUUUCUAAAUGUA